AUGUUAACUAAAUAUUCUCUCUCUCUCUCCCUAUCUAUCUAUCUAUCUAUCUAUCUAUCUGUGUGUGAUACCAUUCAUCGGUACGGCGAACAUCAUUCAUCGGUACGGCGAACAUUCUUUAGCGAUAGGAUACCAUUCAUCGGUACGGCGAACAUCAUUCAUCGGUACGGCGAACAUUCUUUAGCGAUAGGAUACCAUUCAUCGGUACGGCGAACAUUCUUUAGCGAUAGGAUACCAUUCAUCGGUACGGCGAACAUCAUUCAUCGGUACGGCGAACAUUCUUUAGCGAUAGGAUACCAUUCAUCGGAUACCAUUCAUCGGUACGGCGAACAUCAUUCAUCGGUACGGCGAACAUUCUUUAGCGAUAGGAUACCAUUCAUCGGUACGGCGAACAUCAUUCAUCGGUACGGCGAACAUUCUUUAGCGAUAGGAUACCAUUCAUCGGUACGGCGAACAUCAUUCAUCGGUACGGCGAACAUCAUUCAUCGGUACGGCGAACAUUCUUUUAGCGAUAGGAUACCAUUCAUCGGUACGACGAACAUCAUUCAUCGCGAUAGGAUACCAUUCAUCGGUACGGCGAACAUCAUUCAUCGGUACGGCGAACAUCAUUCAUCGGUACGGCGAACAUUCUUUAGCGAUAGGAUACCAUUCAUCGGUACGGCGAACAUCAUUCAUCGGUACGGCGAACAUUCUUUAGCGAUAGGAUACCAUUCAUCGGAUACCAUUCAUCGGUACGGCGAACAUCAUUCACCGGUACGGCGAACAUUCUUUAGCGAUAGGAUACCAUUCAUCGGUACGGCGAACAUCAUUCAUCGGUACGGCGAACAUUCUUUAGCGAUAGGAUACCAUUCAUCGGUACGGCGAACAUCAUUCAUCGCUUUUGUUGCAUUUUUUAGAAUUAUCGGAAUGCAUCGUGUUCCCGUGUCUUUUGCUCCCCUGACUCUGUUCGCGCCAUUGUUCGCGCCUAGAAUAUGCCUCUUCUCCCGUUUCUCUCUUUCCCUCUUCCCGUUCUCUCCAUCUCUCUCUCUCUCUCUCUCUCUCUUUCUUUCUCUCUCUCUCGCUCGCUCUCUCUGA